GCUAUAGGAAAGUAGGAACGGCACGGACGUAUGGUGCAUACCUACCUUCCUACCAAGUGCCGCCUACGGUCUACCUAUAUUUUAUACGGACCACGAACGUUGACCUACAAAAAUUAUCUUUAGUAACAUAUAAGUACUAUAUUUUAGAAGUGGUAACAAGAAUUUCAGCGAUUGGAUAACUGUUCUUACACAAACCUACCUAUAUACCUAGUUGGUACUUACCUACAUUUGGCUAUAUACACAUAAUAUCCUAUAUCGAUGAGUCGAAGCCUGUAAGGUCAGGUGUUUCAGUAUUUGUGCUAUAAACGUUUUCCGUUUUCGCCAAUAUGGAAAGGUGGAGCGAUAGAGUAGCCAUCGUGACCGGCGUAAGUAGCGGCAUAGGAAGAGCCAUUGCUGUAGCUCUGCUAAAAAACGGCAUGGUCGUCGUCGGUAUUGCCAGACGAGAAGAUCUCUUGAAGAAACUAAGCGAAGAAGUCAAUAGUUAUCGAGGGAAGUUCUAUUACAAAUCAUUUGAUAUCAGAAAUGAGAAACACAUAACCGAAUGCAUUCAGUGGACCGUAACCACCUGUGGAAGUAUUGACGUGUUGAUUAACAAUGUUGGAGUCUAUGAUGAAACUAAACUAGUUGAUGAAUCUAUGGACCACGGGAAAAUGAUUAUGGAGACAAACUAUUUGGCCGGAUGUUUUUUCACUAAAGAAGUGAUAAACGAGAUGAAGUUGAAGGGUAUUGACGAUGGACACAUUAUCAAUAUAAAUAGCGUGGCAGGCCAUUAUAGGGCUGAACCAAUAAAAGCACUUAUUCAUAAUGCCAGCAAACACUGUAUAACAUUAACAACGGACAGUAUUAGAAGGAUGUUGGUUAACGAGGGGAGUAAAAUUAAAAUAACGAGUUUAAGUCCCGGAGUGACAAUUAAAGAGUCAACAGAACAACAAUUGAAAUCAAUCCCUGAUAUGACAUAUCUAGAAACCGAAGAUAUUGCUAAUGCCACACUUUACAUUUUAGGAACACCACAAAAUGUUCAAGUAUGUGAAUUGACAAUCAGAUCUGUUGGAGAAACCAUGUAUUAAUAUUUGAAUACAACCAACAAUAUUAUUGAAUUGAAAUAAAAUACAAAAAAACUUUAGUUAACUACCAAAUUGUUAUAAUAUCUUCAACUUAAUUUUAUUUUUAUUAUUUUAAAGGAUUUUUCAAAGAUGGUACCUAUAUUGAGUUACCUUAAUUUUUAAUUAGAAUUUAAAAUACUGGCUUAUUGAGUUUUCCUAUUGGAUUAAACCUUUUUAUAUUUGUAUACAAAAUUUGUUACUAACAAUUGCUAUUUUAUUUAUAUAAUCAAAAAUGUUGUUCAUUUUACCACAAUUACAUUCGAACUAGUUCAAUACUUUGGCACCAUGUAGUGUGUACAAAACUAACACAAAUCCAUAAUAUAAAUGCACAGGUUGUAUAUUAUAAAUACUUGUACCUAUA